AGUUCCUCUGCCGCCACUACUUCCUGGCAGCCGCCGGGAACUGCCGGACCGCCCCCCACGCGGAGCUAUCAUGAGCAGGUUAAACACCGCGAUCCCCCUCCUCCGCCUUUGCCUCGGGAAUCACAGUUCCGAAAUCCCCCGAUGCCGCCGCUUUCUUUGACAGAUGAGAUUACAGAAUCAUCGCAACCCCGCGAUGAGUGGGAGCCCCAUGUUCCUUCAGCCAGUCCCCGCAUGGAUAUGGACAUGGAUCUGUCUUCGCCACCACAAUCUCCUUCCCAGUCUUUUAUGCCCCAGUUAGAAGCUGAUCCCUACAUACCACCACCUCAGUCUCUGCCAGCACAGAGUCAGAUCCCACCACCACAGUCUUACCAGUCCCAUUUGCAGUUGUCUCAGGCAGUUCCCCAGACUUUUUCAGACCCUCCCUCUUCAGCUGUUUCUCAGUCUUACCCAACCCAGUCCCAGCCUUAUCAACCCAUCUCCCAGUCAUCCUCCCAACUAGGCCAGCCCAUUGCAACAUCAGUCUCCCAGCCUGAACCCCACUUCACUUCAUCCCAGAUUACUCAGACCACUUCUGAACCACCAGAAUUAAGACUGAGUAGCGUCCCAGAGAAAGAUGUUCAAUGUGAGCAACAGCAAAGCAGCUCACGUGCAGAUCUGUCCACAAUGACCCCCCAGGAACAACAGCAAUAUUGGUAUCAACAGCAUCUGCUUACUCUUCAGCAAAGGGCAAAAGCACAUGCAUUGGGACAGCAGCAGCCGCCCAUUGUUAAUGAUGCCCCUGAACAGAGGCAAGAAGAAAGAGAAAUACCUGUUUCUAGUGAGCUUUCUGAACCCACUUUGAAUUAUGAACCCAUAUUACCACAUCCCAAAGAUGAGGAGCUUCCUGUGUCAUCUGUUGAGCAUAAGCUAAACAUUGAACCUCCAGAAGAUCCUGAAGAAAGCUUGAGAUUACAGCAGCUACAGGCAGCAGCAACACAAUGGCAGCAGCAUCCACAACAAAGAGUGGGUUUCCAGUAUCAAAGAAUAAUGCAAAAGCAUUCACAGUUGCAACAAAUUCUGCAUCGCUAUCAACAGAUUGUGCAGCAGCCAUCACAUUUGCCAACAGCAACAGUGGAGAUGCAGCUACAGCAUUAUGAGACUCAGAAUAAGCAGUUCCAGCCACUUUACAAAGAGUGGGAACGUGAAUUUCAGCAGUGGCAGGAUCAACUUCAGGCCUAUCCUCACAAAGACCAGCUUCAUGAGUGUGAGAAACAGUGGAAAAUGUGGCAGGGACAAAUGAAAGCCACUCAUAAUCACCUUCAGGAGAAGGUGAAGUCUCUUCAAAACAUGAAUACUCAGUGUCCUGGGAAUACAACAUUUCCAUUUUCUCCAUAUUCUCAAACAGUGCAAGGUGGUGUGCCUGUUUUACCUGCAGCUACGCUUCCUUCAUCAACUACUGGAUUUUCUGCUGGCCCAUUGCCAUCUGACAUGACUGUUUCAAAAGAAUCUGGACCUAAGAGCACCCAGACCACUGAAACAAGGCCAACUCUAUUUCCUAGUUCUAAUUCUUUUUCUUUUAAAGUUAGUGAAUCACUUUCCACUUCUCAGGUGACAGAGGUGAUCAGGCCAGCUCUUCUUCCUACCCCUUCAUCUGGUUCUUUCACAUACAAAACAGAUGAUUCUUCUACUACUUCUCAGAGCUUGGAGACAACCAGGCCAACUUUGUUUCCUACUCCUAGCUCUUUUACGUUUAAAGUUACAGAGUCACUUCCUACUUCCCAAAAUACAGAAACAGCUAGGCCAGCUCUUCUUCCUACCCCUACUACUACUACCUUUUCAUACAAAGCAACUGAAUCUCCUGCUACCUCCCAGACCAUGGAGACAGCUAGACCAGCUCUGCUUCCUACACCUACCCACACUUCCUUUCCUUUUAAAAAUAGUGAUUCAUCUGUCAUCCCACAGGGAACUGAAACAUCUAGGCCAGCUUUGCUUCCUACUCCUACUUCUGCUUCUGCUUUUUCAUUUAAGGUUGGUGAUUCAAAUGCAGCUACCCAGGCCACUGAAACCACCAGACCAGCCCUUCUUCCUACCCCUUCCCCUGUUUCUUUUUCUUAUACUGAUACAUCAGCCACUUUGUCUUAUCAUUCAAAUGUGACAGCAUCUGCUAGCUCUUCAGACCAAGGUAGUUCUUAUGCUCCUCUGGGCAAACAGGCAGUGGCAUUUGGGUCUGCCUCAUCUGACCAUGCUUCUGUUAAAGUGAAAUCAAAUUCUACAAUAGCAUCAUCUGUGUCCAAUACUACUACCACUGCCACCACUACCUAUCAGAACAGACCACUGAGGCCAGCUGGGUUUCCUGAUUCCCCCAGGGGACCAUACUAUGAAGGCCCAAGGGGCCCAAGGUUUGAUGGACCACGAGGAAGAGGCUUUGAACCUCCAAGGCAGAGAGGUCCUCAUUUUCAGGGCCAACGCUUAGAAGGUCCAAGGCCAAGACUUCAGAAUCAGCAUAUAGAUGGAUCUUCAGGAAAACAGGGGACUAUCCCUCGAGGGCCAGCAGCAGCAUUUUACACUCCUUCAGGAGCAUCACACAUGCAGCCUAACCAAGCAAGUGGACCAUGGUGGCGGGGACCUAGGCCUCCUUUGGGACAACAGAACCAUCAAGGAGAAAAUAAAGAACUGUUUACUGAUAUUGUCAAUAAAUCUAAAUUUAUGCCUGACCCAGUUCAGCCAGAUAAGAGCUUGCCUAAAGUACAUCAAAAUACAUCCAGAAAGGAGGCCAUAGAAGUAAUGGCAGAAAUAAAGAAACCAAGUGCCAUGGAUUCUGGAUUACAUGCAGAGGCAUCCAAAACUUCUUGCACUUCCACAAGUCUGCAUCAGAUACCAGUUUCCACUCUUCCUCCAAAACCAGGAGGGAAGAAAACAUUACUACCGUCACCAAUCAUAGGAAAUAAAGAUAUGAACUCUACAGAAAAUAAACUGGUUUCUCCAGACAAUAAUCAGAAUAAGGAAUCAUCUAAACUAGAAAGCAGGGAGAAAGGACAAAUGAAGCCAGGAGAUAAUCAGGGAAUAGGGCCAGCUGGCAGAGGCAGGGGACAGUGUAGAAUGGAAGAUACUAGAGGUAGAGGACGGGGCCGAUUAGAAGAUAUGAGAGGAAGAGGAAUAGCAAAUAGAGGGAGAGGUCAGUCAAGGGAUAUUGCUGGUAGAGAUAUAAGCAGUGGGCCAGGAACCCAUGACAAACUUCCAGAAGGUCAGUUAGGCAGCUGGGAACCUGGGAUGGGUGGACAGUCAGGCAACCAGGAAAGGCCAAUGGGCAGGCGAUCAAACAGCCAGGAAAGAGGGUUACCAACUCCUUGGAUGGGAAGCAGGGAGAGAGUCCGAGCAAACAGCCGGGAAAGAGGUACAGUCAGGCCUCCCAGCAGUCAAGAGAGAGGACUGGAUUGGCAAAUUGGAAGCAGGGAAAGAGGCCCAGGUCGACAACCUACUAGUCGAGAGAGGGGCCCAGAUAGACAAGGUAAUAGUCGGGAAAGAGAACCCAUUAGGAGGCCUAGCAGCCGGGAGCGGGAUCUACACAGACGUGAUACAGGACUUGGAGGUGCUAUUGAAAAUUUACCAUUUCGUGAAGAACCACCAAGGCCUCCAUGGAGUUAUGAAGAGGAAAGCAUAGAAGAGGGUCAUUCAUUUGAAUACAGAGAUAUUCCUCCUUUAGAACGCAGACGAUUGGAUGAUUGGGAAAGAGAUAGAUAUUGGCACGAUCGAGACCAGAGGUAUCAUGAUGAUUCCCUUGAUCCAUAUGAGAGAGAGGAGGUGUUACCACAACGUCAUCCAUUGCCCCCUCUUUCACCUCUUCCCCCUCUUCCUCCUUUACCUCCUUUGUUGGAUCGAGAGCCAUUUUGGGAUGAAUGGGAAAGGCCACUCGGUAGAGACAGAGAGGGAGACAGAGAUCUUGACAGGAUCAGAAGACCCUUGGAUGCGUAUGAUCGUGAAUUGGAAAGAGACUGGGACAGGGAUUAUAUCAGACCAUUGGGGGACAGAGAUACAUUGAGUUGUGAUAUGGACAUACCGCCUCUACCUCCUUUGCCACCUCUGCCACCACUCCCUCCAUUAGAUAGAUAUCGUGAGGAUAGAUGGCUAGAAGAGAGAGACAGAGAUUUCUAUGACAGAGAUUCUAGAGACAGAGGGGAGAUUAGAAUUCGCGAAUAUCCAGAGCGACGUGAUACAUGGAGAGAACAGUCUGAUUUCCCACUUGACAGAGGGGAUUGGGAGAGAGAGAGAUUUUCAGAGAGGUGGUAUCCUGAUGAAAUGGAUAGAUUUGCACCUUUAGAAGAUCAUCUGGAUCCACCACCCCUGCUAUCACGCUCAUCUGAAUUAUUGGAAGAAGAGCCAAAUUUAGCUUCUGAGCAGUCAUUAGGAGGAGUAAUGGUCCUUAGUCAAAGGCAACAUGAAAUAAUCUUGAAGGCUGCCCAAGAGCUAAAAAUGCUACGGGAACAAAAAGAACAUAUGCAGAAGAUGAAUGAAUUUGUUCCUGAGACUCAAAUGUCUGAAAUCCCACCACAAGAAAUGCCUAGGUCACAAAGUACAUCUGCUAGGAAGGAUAACUUUCAGGCCUCUUCUGAAAUGCAAGGUAAAAUACCAGUAGAGGAACAACCUAUUAAGCCUACUCCAGCUGUAAUCAUAAAGCCACCAGUCUUGUUUCGGAAACCUACUCCAACCACUAAGCCACCUCCUAUAAAAUCAUCUUCUCCAGUGAUAAGACCCCCUGUUCCAGCUACAAAGGUUCCUAUCCCAACAGGGAAACCAUCUGCUCCACCAUUACAAUCAAAUAUUUCAAUUCCCAUUUCAACUGCAGCAACAACUCAGGUUUCAGUUCCCAUGGUAAAGUCAUCAUCUGGGAUGAAUCAGGAACGUUGGGAUGAGGACUCUUUCCAGGGACUUUGGGACAGUAGUGAAGAUAAAGGGUUGAAAUCAGAAUAUGACUUAUCUACAUCUGAUUCCUCAUUGGCUUCACCAACAGUCUCAGCAUCUCUUGUGCCUGGUAUGGCACUUCAUUCCAAGCCACCAAUUUUUCAUCAGACUGUUGACUACGGACAUGGACACAGCCAUGGUCAAGAUAUAACUACCAGUAAAAGUGGACAACAAAUUCCAUACGGGGAGCGAAUAACUCUGCGUCCAGAACCUCCUCAUGAAAGGCAACCCUUUUCAAAAGAACACUUAGGCCAGCGAGACCGAUACAUCAAGGAGAGAGAGAAUUAUUUUGAACGACAAAAUAAUACCAAUCCAGACCACAGGGAUUUCAGAAGGGAACGGGAACCAUAUAGGGACCGGAUUUCUGGAGAUCAUGAUCGGGAAAGAUUUGACAAAGAACGAUACCCACGAGAAGACAGGCCAUCUCCUUCAAGAAGUCAGUCUUACCGUGACAAAGAUCAUUCAGUCUCAAGAAGGGGAGGAUUUGAAAGACAGUCGUAUGAGCGGAAGCCUGAUCGUCCUCCUUAUGAUCAUGGGCCUUCCAUGUUUGGAGGUGAUCGGAGAAAUUAUGCUGAGGAUAGAAUUCCCAUUUCUGCUCCAACAAUACCCCGACAACCACCACCUGCCCCACGUGUAGAGAGGAAACCAGAAUCAAAAAAUGUGGAUGACAUAUUGAAGCAGCCUGGACGGGAAAGUAGACCAGAGCGGAUUGUCAUAAUCAUGCGAGGAUUGCCAGGCAGUGGAAAGACUCAUGUUGCUAAGCUCAUCAGGGAUAAAGAAGUUGAAUGUGGAGGAGCUGCACCCAGAGUACUCAGCCUGGAUGACUAUUUUAUCACUGAAAUAGAAAAAGAAGAGAGGGACCCAGAUACAAAGAAAAAAAUAAAAAAGAAGAUUUUGGAGUAUGAAUAUGAAGCUGAUAUGGAAGAGAUCUAUCGUACCAGCUUGUUUAAAACUUUCAAGAAGACUUUGGAUGAUGGCUUUUUCCCCUUUAUCAUUCUUGAUGCCAUCAAUGAUAGGGUACGGCACUUUGAGCAAUUCUGGAGUGCUGCAAAAACAAAAGGAUUUGAGGUUUACUUAGCUGAAAUAACUGCAGACAACCAAACUUGUUGCAAGAGAAAUGUCCAUGGACGUAAGCUCAAAGAAAUCAAUAAGAUGGCUGAUCAUUGGGAAACAGCACCCCGCCACAUGAUACGUUUAGAUAUUCGGUCUUUAUUACAAGAUGCUGCUAUUGAAGAGGUGGAGAUGGAAGACUUUGAUGCAAACAUUGAAGACCAGAAAGAAGAAAACAAAAAAGAUGCAGAAGAAGAAGAGAGUGAACUGGGUUACAUUCCGAAAAGCAAAUGGGAGAUGGAUACUUCUGAAGCAAAAUUAGACAAAUUGGAUGGGUUGCGAACUGGUACUAAGAGGAAACGUGACUGGGAAGCCAUUGCCAGCAGAAUGGAAGAUUAUCUUCAGCUUCCAGAUGAUUAUGAUACCCGGGCUUCUGAACCUGGAAAGAAGAGGGUAAGGUGGGCAGACCUUGAAGAAAAAAAGGAUGCAGACAGAAAAAGGGCCAUUGGUUUUGUUGUGGGACAAACAGAUUGGGAGAAAAUCACAGAUGAAAGUGGUCAUUUUGCUGAGAGAGCCCUCAAUCGCACCAAAUACAUCUGAAUCAUUUGGCAAAUGGAAGAUUUCUACUUUUAAGGCUGUUUGCUUUGGUGAGAGCAGUUCACAAGGUGGUAUGGAACAUGUCAUUCCCCAUCUAGAGAGCUUUGUGAUUCUUUUCUUUUGAAACUUUUAUUUCAUUGUGUUCCUUGACAUUUUAACUGGUGAUAUCCAGGACCCCCAAGUUAUAUAAAAUCCUCUUGCAUCUAAAUGUGAAAAAAGUUUUUUUUUAAUGUUAAAAGCAGUAGUCUUAGCUUUUAUGUGUACAGUAGAAUUGAAAGACAGUACUGAAGCCAUUUCCUCUGCUGUACUCUUACAGAAUGUCAGCAUUACUUCGCAUUGUUGCUUUGUGGCUAUUGUUAUUUUAUACUGUACAAACUUGGUAGUUUAUUGUACUAGAAAACAGAACAAUAAACUUUCACUAUGAACCUAGUAAAUUAUGUGGUUGACCAUAUAUUUAUGUUGGCUGUUGUGUCUAUAUUCGAUCUUUAAAACAAGAGCUUCCCUAGAUAGAGUGUUGGAGAUUGGCAAGGAGAAGACAAAUAAAUGAAAUCAUGGUAGUGUCCAGAAUGGUUUUGGUCAUUAAAGCACCCUAUUUCCUUAUAUAUAAACCUUCUCUUCAAAGCAUUUUUAUUCUUCACCCAAAUUUAAAUAUGCACAUAGUCAUCAGCACGCAUUGGCUUAAAGCCAUCUCAACUGUCACAAGAAAAGAACUUUAGUUCUUAUUUGAGUGAAAAUGAUUUGUCUCCAAAUAAUUUGGUUAAGGAGCUUUGUGGAUAGUGUAUAUCUUAUGGGGUGGGUUGAUAUUAUAUUGCUUUUUCUCUUGGCUGCUGUUUUUGUUUUGAAUUAUAUGUUUAGCAUUGUAUGUUUUAAGGUUUUAUAUUGUGGUUACCAUUACAUUUUGUGCACCACCCAGAGUCACUGUGACAAGAGGAGUACCCAUAUAAAUUUAAAUAAAUAAAUAAAAUAAGCAUACACCUUCAUAUGCUUACUAAUUAACAAACACAAUGAACUUUUUUGUCCUUCAAAUAGUUUUUCUUCAUAAGCAUGUUAGUAUUGAUAACUAUGUUUUUCUGUAUUGAUGGAGGAUUAUGGUUUAGUACUUAAUGAACAGCGGCUACUGAAAUGCAUUUAUUUACAUGACAUUAUCCAGUUUUAUUAAAUAUGUAUAAUUGGAAGUUGUUGAUAUAUCUGAAUACAGUAUAGAAUGUUAGAAGACUGCAAAACCAUAUUCAUUUGCAUAAUUUUAUGCCACACAGUGACUUUUAAUAUUGGUAAGCUAUUUUUGAAUCUUCAUCUCACAGCAAUUAUGAAUUAGACAUUUUUAUGAUUGCCUUGCAAUAUUAGAAUUACAGUCUUAUUGGUGCUAAAUAAAACCCACCAGUGGAUGAAAUAGCA